AUGGCUUCAGGCUCUCUCCAUGAGUUCCCUGAUCAGAUUUGUUCCAUCUGCAAGCAAUGCUUUGACGAUCCUGUGACUAUUGACUGCGGGCACAAUUUCUGCCAAGCCUGUCUCCCCUCGCUGCCUCACUGGGGAGAGGCCAGCAGAGACCCUUCCUGCCUGCUGUGUGGCGAAACCGUCCAUCAAAGGAACUUCAAGCCCAACCAGCAACUGGCCAACCUUGUACAGCUGGUCAGGAAACUUCAGGAGGGGGCGAAAAGAGAUGCCAAAAGGAAGGAAGUGAGCAAGAGUCACCAAGAUCCCCUGAGGCUCUCCUGCAAGGAGGAUCGAGCCCCCAUCUGCACCGUGUCCAAAUGCAACAAGGAGGACAAAAUCCAAGAUGUGGUUCCUGCAGAAGUGGCCGCUCAAGGGUCCAAGGGCUCACCAACCACAAAUGAGGAACAGGAAACCACUUGCUCCAUCUGCAGGGAGUAUCUUACAGACCCUGUGACCCUGGACUGCGGCCACAACUUCUGCCGGGGGUGCAUCACCACCUACUGUAAGAUAUUGGAAUAUCAGGAUGGGGGAGCGUUGAAGUGUCCUCUUUGCAAAUCCCAGAUCCAGAAGUGGAAUUUUCGACCAAAUUUGCAGCUGGGAGAAACAGUAGAAGGCCUCAAACUCCUUCCACUGAAAUUAUAUAAGGAAAGAACCCAGAGCCAGCUGAAGUCUUUGGAGAAAGAAAAGCAAAACCUUGUCAAUCAGAAACAGUCCGAAGAAGAGGAAAAGGAGAAAUGUCUGAAACAGUUAAACAAAGAAAAGCAGAAAAUCAAAGAUGCCUUUGAGAAGAUGCAAAAUUCUCUGGAGGAAAAAGAGAGUUCCUCGCUGGCUCGCCUGAGAAACCUAGAAAAGGAGAUUAAGAAGAAGGUGGCGGAAAAUGGCAACAGACUCUCGGAGGACAUUUCUUACCUCACGAAAUUGAUUGCUGAGCUGGAGGAGAAGUGUGAGCAGCCUCCACAGCUGUUCCUUCAGGACAUCGAAAGUACCUUGCUCAGGGAGAAACGAGCGGAGCAUUCAGCAGACCUUUCCACCUGGUUGGAGGAGAGACUCAAGAUCUGUUGUCAGAAAAAUUCCACGCUAGUAAACGCUAUGGUGAAAUGUGCAGAUUCUCUGGAGGAAGCACUGAAGAAAGAAGGUUUGAAUAAAUUUCUCACUCACACUACAGCGCCUCUGGAGCAAAAACUGGAGAAAGUGAGCGUGACUCUGGAUCCUCUCACGGCACACCCUCUGCUCGCGCUGUCUGCCGAUCUGAAGAGCGUGAAGGUUGGGGACGUGCCUGACGACCAGGCUGAGGACACGGUCGAAUUGCUCUCCAUACCCUACGUGCUGGGCCGCGAGAAGUUCACGUCCGGGAGACAUUGGUGGGAGGCCGAGCUAGAUUUAAAUGAAGAAGACAAGGAAUACAUGGAUCAGGAGUGCUUGUGGAUCGUAGGGGCGGCAAGAGAGUCCUUCCAGGGAAAUAAAGGUUUCAACCUGAGCCCUAAAGCUGGGGUCUGGGUUGUGGGGGUGAGCCCCUUUUCCAAAAAGCUCACUGCUUUCACUUCCCGCAAGCCAAGCCAUUCGCACUUGGCACAUCAGGUGAGGAAGAUCCGAGUAUCCCUGGAUUACAAAGCACGCCAGGUGGAGUUUUUUGAUGCCGAUACAGAUACCUCCAUUUUCACUUUUUCUGCAGCUUCGUUCGCUGGGGAGGCCAUUCGUCCCUUUUUUUGUCUGGGGGGAGAAGGACUUGAAUUGAAGUGUGGAAACUGAGCAGAAUAUUUACCAGCCCUGGUCUUACCCUGAAAACAGAUAGCUAGCAGAAGCUUUCCUUCUAGUGCAAAUAGCAGCUGGUGAGGGGUGUAUUAGGGCUGUGCUACUGGAAGCUUUCCUUCUGGUGCAAAUAGCAAUUGUGUGGGGGGGUAUUAGGGCUGUGCUAAUGGAAGCUUUCCUUCUGGUGCAAAUAGCAAUUGUGGGGGGGGUGUAUUAGGGCUGUGCUAAUGAAAGCUUUCCUUCUGGUGCAAAUAGCAAUUGUGGGGGGGUGUAUUAGGGCUGUGCUAAUGGAAGCUUUCCUUCUGGUGCAAAUAGCAAUUGUGGGGGGGUGUAUUAGGGCUGUGCUACUGGAAGCUUUCCUUCUGGUGCAAAUAGCAAUUGUGGGAGUGUGUAUUAGGGUUCUGCUGAGACCCCACUGAUCUGCCUCGUGGUCCCUGGGUCUGCACAUCACCCACGUGCGGACAGGGAUGUCCCACCCCCUGCGUUGUUCUGGGCUUUGCAUCCCAAUCCAGGGCUUUCUGAACCUGACUCGGUUGAUGCCCGGAUUUCCCCCCCCCCCCCAAAUCAGCCUGAUUCAGUUUGGGACUCAGCCAAAUGCACUCUGCAGCCCUAGUAGGUACAGGAGGAGAAAUUACCGGUAGGUUUGAUUUAAUGCAAAAAUACCAAAAUACCCAUAACAAUGUGUGAACCAAAACCUAGCUAUCCUUCAAAAUCCACACUUCUCAGAAUUUUGCUAUGCAGAAUUUAGUAGUCUUCUAGCCAGAUAAUAUGUACAUUAGGGGGAAUUGUGCUUAAAAUUGCAUAUAUUAGCGACUAUAGAAUACAAACAUGCAUUAUGUCUAGCGAAACUACUUGCAAAAA